UGGAAGCUAAAAUGGUCCAACUCCGAGACUUGCCGCUUUGCGGAAUUGGCACAAAGCGAUGGAGAAGAACAAUCCCUUCAUUCAACGGUGAUGGAAACAAAAUUGGUGGAAUCUGUAAUCAACCACUGAAAUCCUGAAUCAGAUCCACCCUAACAAACAGAGAAGAAGGGAAAAAAAAUGGAGAAGAAACAAAGUAACCCAAUGGAGUGGUUGAAUCAAAUGGUCGGAGAGCCGUACUAUCUCUCCCAUUCCCUAGCUUUCUUCUCUUAUUUCAUUGUUCGCAGCUCUGCUUCUCAUGUCCUCUCCCCUCACAUCACUCAUAUUCUCUUUUACCGGGAAAUUCAAGCGAUUUUGGCAUUUUCGAUGCUGAUUGCAUACAAGAUGGUAAGAGAAGAAACAUGGGAGGCUUUUAUUGCUGACACAUUGUUUUUUGGAAAGAUUUUUCUUGUUGCCCUUACAUUAAUCAUGGACUACCACUUGACUUUGUGGUACAUAGUGCUAUUUUCAGUGAUAUAUGUUUUAACGCAGCAACCUGCUUACCAAGAACUAGGUACUUCAAGUAAAUUAACACCAUUGCAAUUGGAAGCCUUGCUAACUGAAGGGAACACAUCAAGAUUUUGGCUGGUAGAAUUCCGUGCUUCUUUUUCAUCUGGUUGCAGACGUGCAAGUCGGUGCUUUCCUGAGCUGUCAAUCACGUAUAUACGCAAACAAAAUCUAUCAUUUGGAAUGGUUGAUAUUGGACUUUUCCCCAAUGCUGCAGAAAAAUUUGGAAUAUCUCCUGGUGGGAGCAUGGGACAACUUCCUACAUAUAUAUUAUUUGAAAAUGCUACAGAGGUCACCCGCUUUCCCGAGUUUAAUUUUGAAGCUAAACCCACUCCUCCCAUAACUAAGAGACUUCUUUGUCGUCAUUUUGAGCUUGAUCGGCAUCUUCUUGAAUAUGUAAAUGGAAAAUAGCUGAUUCAUGUUCAUGUAGGCUAUACCCGGGUUAGACAUGAAUUUAUGAUUUCCACCUGGACUGGAUGUACGCGAUACAGCUAAAGAGCACUAGAAACAAUUGCAGCCACACUAUGGAAUUGGAGGUCCGCAUUCCUGUUAGUUCACUUUUUGUCUCGUAUAAUUGAUUGGUGGAUUUUUGUUAUUGACACUAUUAAGUGUAAACAUCAGAGUGGAAUGUGAAAACAUGUUUCUGUUGUUGGAAUAUAUAAUAAGCCUUUGAAACGUGCUUCUUGCUGAAUAUAUUACUGAUUUAACUAGGUCCGAAAUUAUGCUGAAUAUGUUUCCGAUGUAACCCUUGAGAAAUUUGAACUCCAAU